AUGUCCUCUUCGCCAGACUCCGACCACAAAGAAGCCUUCCCAUCUCCAGCUUCCAUCGCUGCCGCAGCUGAAUAUACUGAACAUCUCCAUCAUGGUAGUCUUGAAUAUGUAGCUGAAUAUGGUGGGAACGGAGCAAGUGCAACUUAUCAAGAAGCUUCUGGUGCUCCAGUGGAAGCUAAAUCACCCCUCGGAUAUGAAGUCUCUCAUUUCACAGUCAUGUUCCUUACAGUCAACAUGAUGAUUGGAACAGGUAUCUUCUCGACUCCAUCUUCCAUGCUGAAAAAUUGUGGAUCUGUUGGUCUUGCCCUCUUCUUUUGGCCGAUCGGUUUAUUUCUAACUGCAUGUGGUCAAGCGGUAUACUUUGAGCUCGCUUCUUACUUUCCAUCCAGAUCAGGAGGUGAAGCUGUUUAUCUUGAACAAGCAUAUACCAGACCCAAAUAUUUCCUUCCGGUAACUUUCGCUGUGCAAUCCGUCGUUCUAUCUUUCUCCAGUAGUAACGCCAUCGUAAUGGCCCAGUAUAUCUACAGAAUCACUGAUUCUACACCUACUGAUAUGCAAACUAAGGGAACAGCACUUGCGUGUUGGACUCUGGCUUGUUUGGUCAUUAUUCUCAGCACAAAAUGA